AUGGAGCUUCCGGCCAAAUUGCCCUUCUCCAAGCGGCGCCUCCGACCGCGCGUGAUCAUCUCUGCCUGCGUGAUCGGCUUCGCCAUCCUCGACUCCCUCGAACCCUACCACCAACACUUUUCCCUACAAAACUACACCCUGCAAUAUCCCUACGCCGUCCACGAGCGCAUCCCAAUCGCCUACGCCCUCUGCAUCUCCGGCGCCUUCCCCCUCGUCCUAAUCAUCGUCUACACCCUCUUCAUCGAUGGCAUCUUCUCCCACAACAAGCAGGAUCCCGUCUCCGGCAAGCGCAAGCUGCGCGGGCCCUGGCGCUGGAAGGAUCGUCUGUGGGAGAUGAAUUGUGGUAUCUUGGGCCUGUUGCUUGCCCAGGGAAUCACUUUUGUCAUUACCCAGGCGCUCAAGACAGCGUGCGGCAAACCGAGACCGGAUCUGAUUGAUCGCUGCCAGCCUAAAGCUGGGAGUGUUGAUCCUGCGGUGUAUGGAUUGUCCAAUUCCAGUAUUUGCACGGGGGAUCCGACGAUUAUCAAGGACGGAUUUCGAUCUUGGCCGUCAGCCUCCUUCGCCGGCCUCUUCUACAUCGCCCUCUGGCUCGGCGGCAAACUCCACAUAAUGGACAACCGCGGCGAAGCCUGGAAAACCCUCCUCUGCAUGACACCCAUCCUAGCCGCAACCCUAGUCGCCGUAUCCCGAAUCAUGGACGCACGCCACCACCCCUUCGACGUAAUCACCGGCUCAAUGCUCGGCACACUCUGCGCCUUCGUCGCAUACAGACAAUACUUCCCACCGAUCACCGAGUCCUGGCGCAAAGGACGCGCAUACCCGAUUCGAACCUGGGGAACCGAACCCGCCCAUCCGAACGACCCGCUCGGCAUGAAAUUACUCUCCUCUCAAGAGGCUCUGCAUAACCCGGAGACGGAGCGGCUUAGUCCCGCAAAUGAGAAUCUGAAUGCUGGCUCACCGUUGAAUCCGAAUCCGAAUCCGAAUCUGAAUCUGAUAUCCGCGGCUCCGCCACCGUCGUCGUAUAGUAAUCAUGGGAAUCCGUUUGUCGCGGGACCAUAUCAGCGUCGUCGGAGACAUGAUCAUGAUCCGGAUGGGAAUUGGUCGUCUAGUGAGGAGGAUGUUGUGGAUGGGUAUGAGAUGCAGCAUGGUUAUGCCAUGUCACAGCAGAAUGUGAAUCGAUUCUAUCCACCGCAGUAUGAUGGUGGUCCUGGUGGUACAGCGUAUCAGUCUCAGACUCAGGGUAUGCCUGUAGGUGCUGGUGCUGGUGCUGGUGCUGGUGGUGUGGGCAUGGCUACGACUACACCUGCCAAUGCCCAUUAUGACCACGGUCGACCGCUGACUGAUACCCCGAUUCGCGAUGUUUAA